GACGCAUCGGCCGCCGCCUCGCCUGCUCCCACCACAUCACACCAUGGCCUCCUUCACCCUGCCCGCGCUCGCAGAGACGCCCGACGCAUGGGGCCCGCCCGCCGAGCCGUCGGGCUCGCACAGCGUGCUGCCGCCCGACUUUGAGGGCAUCCCCUUCGUGCCCUUCGCCAAGUCCGACAAGAUCGGCCGCAUCGCCGACUGGAACGCCACGAGCGACAACGCCAGCGUCGCCGGCGACCGCGGGCGCGGCGGCCGCAGCGGCCGCGGUGGCCGCGACGGCGGCGCACAGAGCUACGGCGCCGGCGCGGCCGCCUCGACGUUCGCCUACUUCCACGGCGACGACGAGGCCACCUUCUCCGUCGUCGACAACGCCAAGGCGGCGCCGCGCGGCCGUGGCGGUCUGGCGAGCUUCUCGCGCGGCCGCGGCCGCGGCGGUGCCCGUGGCGGCGCUCGCGGUGCGGCGCCCACACGCGGCGGUGCCCGGGGCACAGGUCGGGGCGGCGUGGCGGCGCGCGGCGGUGCUGCACGGAGGGGCGGCUGGAAGGACUGGGACAAGCCGCAACGCGUGCGUGACCCGUCCGUCGACGUGGGCGCCGAGUGGGAGCAGCUCGAGGAGAUCGACUUCAGCCGCCUCAGCAAGCUGCGUCUCGAGGUGGGCGAGCCGACGGAGAUCUCCGCACACGGCACGCUGUACGAGUACGACCGUGCCUACGACCGCAUCUCGUCGGUGCGCUUCGAGAAGCCGCUGCAGCCGCUCGACCGCGUGCGCUACAACCCCACCACCCACGACGACCCCAUCCUCCUCGACGAGGCUGCCAAGCCCGCACAGGCCGGCGCCGACGGCACUGCCGCGCCCGUGCGCAUCUUCGCCACCGACUCCAUCCUUGCGCUGCUCAUGACGGCCAACCGCUCGCUCUACCCGUGGGACGUCGUCGUGACCGUCGACCCCGUCGGCAACAUCUUCCUCGACAAGCGCGACGGCGGCGCCUUUGACUUUGUCUCGGUCAACGAGAACGCCGCCGACCCGCCGCUGGACGCCAACGAGGCGGCCGCGCUGGCCGACGGCAAGGACGCCAAGAGCGCCACGGCCGUCAACAGCAUCAACACGCCGGGCAACCUCAGCCUCGAGGCCACGUUUAUCAACCAGAACUUCGCCUUCCAGGUCGUCAACGAGAAGAAGAGCAAGCAGCUGCCCGGCGGCCCGAACCCGUUCUACGACGCCGCCGCCGAGACGGACACGCUGGCGUCGUGCGGCUACCGCUACCGCAAGUGGGACGUCUCGUCGUCGGCCGACGAGCCCGUCGAGAUCUACGUGCGCACGGAGGUCGAUGCGCUGCUGCCGCCGGCGAGCAAGGGCGCCGCGCCGCAGUACAUCACCAUCAAGACGCUCAACGAGUUCGACUCGCGUGCUCAGGGUGCCGGCGGCGCGCCCGACUGGCGCUCGAAGCUCGACGCGCAGCGCGGUGCUGUCGUGGCGACCGAGAUGAAGAACAACAGCGCCAAGCUGGCUCGCUUCGCUGUGCAGAGCAUCCUUGCCGGUGCCGACAACAUGAAGAUGGGCUACAUCUCGCGCGCCAACGCCCGCGACGCCUCGCGCCAUGUCAUCCUCGGCACGCAGUGGUAUAAGCCGCGCGAGUUUGCCGCCCAGAUCAACGUCAACCUCGCCAACGGCUGGGGCAUCGUGCGCACGAUUGCCGACCUGGCGCGCAAGGCGACGGCCGAGCCGGGCAUGACGAGCAAGUUUGUGCUCAUGAAGGACCCGAACAAGCAGGUGCUGCGCUUCUACCGCGUGCCCGCGACGUGGGGCACCGAGGACGACGAGGAGCUCGGCGAGGAGUAGACGCUGCGACGACGAGUCAGGCACCACUGCUGGCCGCGCCUCUGUGCUUCUCUAUUCGCCCCCACCACCCAAAAUGGACCGCCGUUGUCUGAUCGUUGAGUUGUGUGCAUUGCGUGGCACAUCAGUCGGCGGCGCCCAGGCCCGUGCCGGCGGCGCGGUACCAGCGCACCUCGCCCGACUCGCUCCCGCUGACGAGCAUGGCGGUGCUCGGCGGCAGGCCGGCCAGCGGCGGCGUCCACACGCACGCCCAGAUGCGCGGCCCCUCGCGCAGUGUCGCC